AUGUCUUCGCCGAAACGUACAGCAUCCCCUUCUCCAAGCAUGUCCGAGGCGAAACGAAUCAAGCUCACCGUUCCUCAGCAAAACCAGGGCGCGACUGCUGUGGACCCAGACAAUGCCGUUGGUAAACGCAGUGAGCUAGAGCCUAUUCAAGGUGGUGACAUUGGCAAUCUGCCACCAAACAAUGCCACGCCAGCCUCUGGUGAGCCCGUAUCUGCCGUUCCUGUCAGGCUCUUGAAAGGAGAAGGCGAGGGGGAAGGUGGAGAGGAUGUUGGAGAUGUUUCUAUGGCAGAAGGAGUGGAUGCAGUUGACGAGGAAGGCGAUUCUGGAGAAGAGAACGAUGAAGAAGAUCCCGCUCAACUCGAAGCCACCAGACUACGGCUGGAAGAGCAAGCCCGAAAAUACCUCGCGGCACAAACUCAUGAGGUCAUCAUUCCCUCGUAUUCUGCGUGGUUUGACAUGUCAAAAAUCCACCCUAUCGAACGACGCGCCCUUCCCGAAUUCUUUAACUCGCGACAUCGGUCGAAGACACCCUCGGUAUACAAAGAUUACCGCGACUUUAUGGUGAACACGUACCGCCUUCGACCCACGGAAUACCUUACUGUAACGGCUUGUCGCAGAAACUUGGCAGGAGAUGUGUGCGCAAUCAUGCGUGUACACGCGUUUUUGGAGCAAUGGGGGCUCAUAAAUUAUCAGAUUGACCCCGACCAGCGGCCAGCAGCACUAGCACCACCGUUUACUGGCCAUUUUCGCGUUAUUCUGGACACACCGCGCGGGUUACAGUCUUUACAUCCCGGUACACGACCAGCCAACCAUCCAGGUGGACCUGCUGUGAAUGGUGCUACGAAACUCGCUCCUUCUACGCCUGCAUCUGUCGAGCUCCGCAACUCAAUCUACCAGACGACAUCCAAGUCAUCACGAUCAGUCACGGCCACGGAAGCGAGCGCACUCGCCAAUGGCACGGAUGCACCGAACGGCAUUGACCGCCCGAUGGUCAAAUACCAAUGUGAUACCUGUGGCGUCGACUGUACUCAGGAGCGAUACCAUUCGCUCAAGCAAAAGAACUUCGAGCUCUGCCCACCGUGCUAUCUGGACGGUCGAUUUUCGUCUUCCAUGUUCAGCGGCGACUUCGUGAAGCUUACAGCGGCAUCCGGGGCGAGCGGAUUACAUCAUGGCAGUGGAACGAGCGCGGAUGACGAUUGGACCGACCAAGAGGUGUUGUUGCUGCUUGAGGGUGUGGAAAUGUACGACGAUGACUGGUCUUCGAUUGAGGAGCACGUCGGAUCACGCAGUGCUCAGCAGUGCAUACGGAAAUUCCUCCAACUUCCAAUUGAGGAUCAGUAUGUCACUACGGAGGGUGACAUAGGGCCAUUAAGGUAUGCACGCAUACCAUUCGAGCAAGCGGACAAUCCGGUUAUGAGCGUCGUCGCUUUUCUUGCUGGCGUGAUCAACCCUGGCGUAGCUGCAGAAGCGGCGAAAACAGCUCUCCACGCACUCACGGACGGGGAUGCGCAAGCUGAUGGUUCCGGAGAGGAUAAGGGGGGGGAGAUGUCUACCGAAGACCAGGGACAAAGGGCAGAGAAGAUUUCGGAAUCACGCAUGGAAGAAGACGCCCCUAGUGAGAAACCGGCAACUGAGAAUACCGAAGGCGGAGGGGAAACCCACCAAAAUGACUCAGACUUCAUGGUCGUUGAUUCGGAGUCCGCGCCGCCUAAACGGGCGACGUCCAUCCCCCAUUCAAAAGUCGUUCGUGCUGCGACUCUGGCACUCAACUCAUCCGCCAAGGCCGCCAAGACGCUGGCAGAUGCUGAGGAUACUCAAAUUCGCUCGACACUCGCCACGCUGAUUAAGCUGACGUUGACGAAGCUCGAGCUGAAGAUGGCGCAGUUUGAAGAGCUCGAGGAGCUUUUGGAAGAUGAGCGGAGGGGUCUCGAGAGCGCGCGAUUAGCGCUAGUGAACGAGCGUGUUGGGCUGCGGAAAAUGCUGGAGAAUGUCCGGGUAGAAUUGGCAAAACAUGCAAAUAGCACCGGUACGCCGGCUGCUCUGGGAGCGGUGGCUGCGCAGGCACAAGCAGCGCUGGGUGCUAGUGCCCAAGGAACGAGAGUCAGCGAGGUACCUGCGAAUACUUCACUGCAGGGUGACACAGGGCCUGUGAGUGGAGGCAAUACGGUGCAGCUGGCUUGA